AUGUCGUAUCCCCACCCACAGCAUCAUCUGCAACCACAUCACCCGACUCCGCAUCAUCUUCAACCGCAAACGCCCUCUGCACCCCCGACCCACCCGCAUCACUUCUCCCCCGCCCUCUCCCAACCACAGCACCAUCCCCUUCGUCUUAACCUCUCAGGACACCCUUCCUCGACCCCAUCUCCGUUCCCCAUGUACGUCGCUGGCCCACCCCCACCCCCUCACUAUGCUACCCCUCCGCAUCUACUGCCCCCGCACACUAUCAUUCCUUUUGCAUCCAUGCAGUAUCCCACUGGACCAGCGCCGGCAUCUGCACAGCACCCUAUCCAUCCUCACAUGGUGAACAUGCAUUCGUUCCCUCCAGAAUCCGCCCAGAUACCCAUGCAAUUCUACACCACUACAGCCGCCGCUGCGGCAGCGGCCACGGCUCCCGGAAGCGCUGCACCUCGCGGGGCUGGCGCCAAUGGGCUGGCUACUGCCGUUCGCAAGGUCAAGGGCCCGUGGAGACCGGAGGAGGAUCGAAUCCUGACCGAUCUCGUUGGCAAAAUGGGAGCUCGACGAUGGACGGUAAUCGCAAGCCACAUCGUCGGGCGAACUGGGAAGCAAGCGCGGGAGCGAUGGCUCAACCAACUGUCGCCCGAUCUGACCAAACGUGGGUGGACUGCCGAGGAAGACCAAAUCGUAAUGGAAGCUCAUGCACGGCUGGGGAAUCGAUGGAGCGAGAUCGCCAAGCUGCUCAAAGGACGCACGGACAACGCAACAAAAAAUCGAUUUAACACUACGAUCCGGAGGCAGAUCUCGGAGCUUGGGGAACAGGCGCGCAAGGAAUUGGCUGGCAGUGGAGCCACUGAGGACAAGAAGGCAAAAGAGGAAGAGACCAGCGCUGCUACUGUGACAACGUCGACCAGCGGGGGAUCAAGCGGAGGGAGUCGGAGUGUUUGGUCAGAAGGGGAAGGCGUUGGCCAGGGGCGGAAACGAAAGUUGGAGUCUGGUGGGACGACUCAGCUGGCGAGAAUGAAUCAAAGGGCAAAAAUCAUGACAGCGUCCUCCUGA